GCUCUGGAACGGUACAGGGACGCCGUCACAAACGCCUACUCGACCGCGCUGUCCCUGCCCCCCGAGAGCGUCGCAGUCCAGUCCGUGGACUGCAAAGCAGCAGCAGGGGCACCAGCGGCAGCAGGAGCAGGAGCAGAAGCGGCGGCGUCAGGUGGCCGCCGCAGGUUGAUGCAGCCGGGUGCUCCCGCGGCGGGGGUUACGCUCGACACGCGUUUCACAGUCCAAGUGCCCACUGACCCCCCGGAGCUGCGGCAGCAAGUGAUCUACAACAUCACCAACAACAGCGCCGACAUCCUUGGACCCGCGAUCCGCGGCGUCUUUGGGCGGGACAUCGGCGGCGUGUCUAUCGGCAACCCCUCACCGCUGCCGGCGGGCGGCGAUGCUUCGAUCCCGGGAUCGCCGCAGCCCUCUCAGGCGGCCGGGGUCGACCUACCGCCGGCGCCCGCGGCCCAGGAGCCUUCCGAACCAGAGCCGCUGCCGUCGCCGCGCCUGGGCAAGAGGUACCCGGCCGCGCCGCCUCCGCAGCCGCCAGAGCCGGCGCCCCCGUCGCCCGAGCCGGGCGGCUCGCCUGAAGCCAUACCAUCAUCGCAGCCCCUGACGCCGCCGACGGCCGCGUCGCCUGCCCCAUCGCCAGCAACCGCGCCGCCUGCGCGCGCCAGCUACGAGGGGCGCGAGCCCGCGCACCCGAAGUGGUCCGACGCGCCGCGCUGCUCUUACCAGCCGGCGGCCGGCGGUCAGUAUGCGACAGACGCUGCCGGGCGGCUGUGGGGGUGGGAGGCUGGCAAGAGCUGCACGUUCCAGCAGCCCGAUACUGGGCUCCCUAUCAUCGUUGAUCAGGGGCCAGCGGGCGCAGCGCCAGGCGGCAAGCAGCAGCAGCAGCAGCAGAACCAGGCGCAAACGAAGGACCAGCAGCAGCAGCGGCCUGACUGGGCCUCGGCGCCGGCCUGCAAGUACGAGCGAACCGCCACCAACAGCGUCCAGGACACCGCUGGCCAGGCAUACGCGCGGACGGCAGACAACAGUGUGCAAGACACCAUCGGGCGCCCCUGGGGCUGGCAGGACCGCCGCAGCUGCAAGUUUGCCUGA